GAUAAUCGUGUGAUAAUGUGUGCAAAAAGCGUGAAAGAGGAUUACGAGGAGGAACUUUGUUGAACAAAAGAGGAGAACGAGCGACAACGUCAACUUCUGGACGCUCUUUUCAAGACGCCUCAAGUCUUGUUACACGGAGCAGACAUGAGUGAAGAUUUUCAUGCUGAGGAGCAUGAGCAAGAGACCUCCGACUUUAAAGAGGAAGAGGAGCAAGAGCCCUUCAGCAUUAAAGAGGAAGAGGAGGAGCCAGAGGCCCCUGACGCAUGGUCAGAGGAUGAGAAGGAAGACCCCCUGUACAUUAAAGAAGAAGAGGAGGAGGCAGAUAUCACCAAGUUGCCUUUUAAUUGUGUCAUUGUGAAGAUUGAAGGUGAUGAUGAUGAAGAAGAAGGUGAUGGUGACCACUGUGGAGAAUCACAAGCAGACAGCCUCUUCGCUCCACUAUCAGAUAGUGACAACACAACGUCCCACUCUCCUGACACUGAUAAUGAACACUCUAACGUUGAUGUGACGUGUCACACUGAUGACAAACGCUGGCAAUGUUCUCAGUGUGGGAAAACCUUUGAUGCCAAGUAUACUUUGAAAGUACACAUGAGAACGCACACUGGUGAGAAACCUUUUUCUUGCUCAGUCUGCAACUUAAGUUUUAGUGUUCGUUCGUCAUUGGUUAAUCACAUGAGAACACACACUGGGGAGAAAAGGUACACCUGCUCAGUCUGCGGUAAAAGAUUCGCUCAGAAGGGACAAUUGACGACACACACAAGAAUACACACUGGCGAGAAACCUUAUGUCUGCUCAGUCUGCAACCUAAAUUUCAGUCUUCGUUCAUCAUUAGUUAAACACAUGCGAAUACACACGGGAGAGAAACCUUAUGCUUGCUCAGUCUGCAAUAUAAGUUUCAGUAUUCGAUCAGGUUUGGUUCGCCAUUCAAGAACACACACAGGGGAGAAACCUUUUGCCUGUUCACUGUGUGGUAAAAGAUUCACUAUAAAAGGAAGCUUAAUAACACACACAAGAACACAUACCGGAGAGAAACCAUUUGCCUGCUCGAUCUGCAACUUAAGUUUCAUUGACCAUUCAGGAUUACUUCAACACAAGAGAACACACACUGGGGAGAAACCUUUUGCCUGCUCAAUUUGUGGUAAAACAUUCUCUUUAAAGGGAAAUUUAACAACACACACAAGAACACACACUGGAGAAAAACCUUUUGCCUGCUCAGUCUGUACGUUAAGUUUCACUGAUCGCUCAGGAUUGCUAAAACACAUGAGAACACACACUGGGGAGAAAGAGUUUUCUUGCUCACUGUGUGGUCAAAGAUUCUCUCAAAGAGGCACCAUGACAAGACACUAUAAAAGACACACUGGUGAGAAACCAUUCAGUUGUAGUGUGUGUGAUAAAAGAUUCUAUGAUAAGUAUGAGAUUAAGAAACACAAGUGUUCUGUGGUGACUAAAGCAGAGGUUGAUGAUGCUGCAGGACUUUAAAGGAACUUCAAGGAAACUUUAAACAAGUUCAGUAAGUUUGAGGUGCUGCAGUAAGCUGAAAAUAAAUAAAUAUAAAAUAUACAAUAUAAAAAAAUGGCGCCACACAGUCAUGAAGUUAUUGCAAAGCCUCUAAUUAAUUAGAUUUUAAUUGUGACCGAUAAUAAAUAUUACGAUUGCUCCUUGAGGUCUUUUAACUGUAUUGCACAUGUUGCAAUACAUUAUGCAAAUCCUUUUUGUUGUUGUCAUGUUUACAAUUACAUUUAAAUUGUGCUUGCUUUAUAUUGCGUUCUUAACUAACUGAUGUUUUUUUAUUUUAUUUUUAAUGACCACUGGAUACUUGCCUUUUUAACUGUUGCCUCUGACCAGUUAGUGUACAUAAUAACUAUGUUUGCUUGCUUUAAUACAAUAUGUUGAUGAUACUGGACACCAGAAUUUCCUCCUGCGUCAAUAAAGUAUGAUUUCUAACAUGCA